AUGCGACGAUUCGCAUCAUCAGUAUAUACAUUAGGUGGUCGAAAUGUUUAUGAAUUCUUACGAUUGAAUUUACCCGGUGCAUUUCCAUCAAUACUAACGUUAGACUCGUAUAACAGUGAAUAUUGUGCACGUGUUGAAGAAGGUGAAUUUCGCUUCGAUGAGUUAUUUAAUUAUUUAACUAAAACUAAUUGUUUAUUUGUGUAUGCUUCCGAAGAUUGUUCGGCCAUUGUCAGUAAAAUUCAUUAUAAUGUUGUGAUUGUAUCUGAUAUAUUUAAAAAAGAUCGACAAAACUACGCAUCAUGCUUAAAAAUUUCAUCACCAAAUGUUUUACGUAUGUUAGAUCAAAUGUUAAGCAAAAAAUUACCUGUUGAAUCAUUAAAUAUAUUUAUAUUUAGUUCACAACCAUGUGAAAAUAUUUUCCGUAUCGCAAGAGCAUUAACCGGACCAUUUUCAUCUAUAACUAAUUUUACACUUCAACAAUUUCUUGCCAAAACCAGAAAAAUGUCAAUAUUAAAUGAAAUCAAAUCUAUUGAAGAAUUAAAUCUUGACUCUAAUGCAAUUAAGUUUCCUAUACAUCAUAAACAAAGUCAAAAUAGACAAAAUCGAAAAAGUACUUAUGAUGCAUAUGAAUAUGCAAAAUCUUUUUCGGAAAAAUUAGAAAUGUCGUCACUUUUAAAAAAGAAUAACGUAUUUAAAUUAAACGAUUUAUGUGCAAACAUGCGUAAUGAUUUAGAAAAGAUGAUAUACAUAACUGAUCAUUCUGUAUUUGAUCCCGAUGAUGAUCCAGAUGAAGACAGCGAUGAUUCAAGUGAAGAAGUAACGACUUUUUCAUCAGUAUUAGAUGAAAACAGCGAAAGCGAUGGUGAAUAUGUAGAUACAGAAAAUGAAUGUACAAAAUCAACAAAAGAUGGUUAUAACGGAAUGAGAAUUUACUCUACCGUAGCUGAUAAAGAAAAAAAAGUGUUUUUCAAGAUUACUAUCGAUGGAAAAGAAAAAUAUAUGCAUAAACAAACGGCUGUUUGUUAUUUAUCUAAAAAACACAGCCGGUUAUCUUCCGAUAGACUGGUGCGUGUUCAAAAAACAGACAAACAAUAA